AUGCUCAUCCUACUCACCUUCCUAACCACCCUCACCCUCGUCUCCUCCGCGUACCUCCCCUCCCCUUAUCCCUCCGCAACCCCCUCCCCCUCCCUCACACCCAAUACCACACCCACCGCCCUUCCCGCACACUCUGCCCGCCCCGCCGGCCCCACUCCGACCCUCGCGCCGCGGUGCGACCCCAACGGCGGGAACUGCCAGUACGGCGGUACAGCCGUCGCUCUUCAGGCUGAUACGGUCACUUCUACCAUUCUUUCCGUUACGAGUGUGCCGUGUUAUUUGACGACGACAGUUAUUGAUGAAAAGACGGUCGUUCAGACUAUAUACAAUACGGAGACUGUUACGGAGACUGUUACGAAGGAGGGCAAGGUCUUCAUUAUCCAGUACGCACCCACGCCUAUCCUCAAAAUGACGGUCGUCCCCAAAGUUAUCCAAGUCACAGUCGACAUGCCCUCCUACUGGCUCGAGAGCAGCGGCGUCGCCGGCUACUCGACAGUCAAGGAAGAAUGGUCCACCAAGGCCGCUGACGGGGGAUGUCCUACUUGCGGUAAGCCCCAGCCCCAGCCCCAGCCGGUACAGGGCGGACCCGGAGCCGCUCCAGCUUGGGUAUACGCCAGCGCCAGCCCCGGCGGAUCACGAUCAGGAUCCGUACCCGCCGCCGCCGGGGUCGGUCAAGCUCAAGGAGGGGAUGGCUGGGCUGUCGCGGCCGGUGGGAAUGGGCAGCAAGGCGGUGUUGGCGCGACAUGGGGUGAUGGUGGACAGCCGGGACAAGGUCAGGUCCAAGGACAAGGCCGGGCGACAUGGUAUAGCGCUGCCUCGCCACGACGGAGUGCGGAUGCGUAUCUUGGCUUUGUCUGUGUGGGUAUGGCGCUGGGAGUUGUGGUAUGUGGGGAGCUGCUUCAUUUCCUUAGGUAG